CCCACGCACUCAACCCUACCAAAUCACAAUUUACAAAAUCUAAGCUCCAAACCAGAAAAAAUGUCUUCCAACAACCAAGGAUACUCCUACAAGUCCUCUGGGACCAAUAGCGAGGGUAAUCACUACUGUGCUCGCGACUAUGGUAGCGGAGCUGCAAAUUCUAACGCGUAUCACUACUCCAAUAGUGACGGGAGCUACUAUUAUAGUAAUGCCAAUGGCUCCACGUACCAUAGCAGCUCGAGUGGUAAUAGCACCUAUACGGCUCCUUCCGGCGGCAGUGGCUCUGGGAAGAAGUAGGCACGGCUUGUCAUGUCUUGGAAUGCCUGUAGGAUGAUGGUGAUGAUGAUGGGUGUUGGUAUCACUGUUUUUCUUACUCAAGUGGCAGUUCUUUAGUGUUUUCGGUGGAUAAGCUAGGGGAGAUCAAUUGAAAUGAAGUCUUAUUUUCCCCAGUUAAA